UCUCUGGAGGAGUGCCGUUUCAAAUCAUAGCAUGUCAGCUUAUCUGUCCGCUUCUGAGCUGUCAUAGCACGCCCGGGUUCAGAUAUGGACUUUAUGAGGUCUAUAUAGCAGGUGUACAUCGCUUAACUGUGCUUACUAGCCUGUAGAUGCAGCGUCUCCGCAGGGCAGCUUUUGAUCAGUGAAGCUCUCAGUGGCGAAUUACACCCCACCAAAGCAAGCAUGGCCUCAGAUAUCAACCAUCAGGAUGACCCAGACUUUUCUAGAAGAGAUGAGAGCCCUGCUGAAGAUGAGCCCAUCCAUUCACCCGGUUCCCCACGACAGACAGAGUAUGAACGAAUCGGAGGAAGAACAGGAUCCUCGUUUUUUCAGACCUUAAUUCAUUUACUUAAAGGAAAUAUUGGUACGGGACUCCUCGGCUUGCCUCUGGCUGUCAAGAAUGCAGGACUCGUGGUGGGGCCUUUAAGUCUUCUGGCUAUGGGUAUCGUGGCUGUUCAUUGCAUGAACCUCCUCGUGAAAUGUGCACAUCAUUUAAGUGCAAAGAUGGGCAAGCCCUUUCUUUCCUACGGAGAUGCAGUGGAGUAUGGCAUGGAGAAUGUGUCGUGGCUGAGCAGACACUCUUUGUGGGGAAGACGUGUGGUGAAUAUGUUCCUCAACAUAACCCAGCUGGGCUUCUGCUGCGUUUACUUUGUGUUCCUCAGCGACAAUGUCAAACAGGUGGUUGAGACUGCAAACGUGACGACCGUGAACUGUCACAACAACGAAACCACAGUGAUUGUCCCCAGCUACGACUCUCGCCUCUACAUGCUCUUCUUCCUGCCCUUUAUCAUCGUGUUGGUGUUUAUCCGCAACCUCAAGUACUUGGCUCCUCUGUCGUUUGUAGCAAACAUUUCCAUGUGUAUCAGCCUGGUCCUCAUUUACUACUACUGUCUGACGAAUAUCCCAUACCCUAUCAACCUCCCGCUGGCAGGAAGAGGAGUUGACUAUCCUCUCUUCUUUGGAACAGCAAUAUUCGCCUUUGAGGGAAUUGGAGUUGUGCUCCCACUUGAGAAUAAGAUGCAGAAUCCCAGAAACUUCACCAUGGUCCUGUAUCUUGGCAUGGGCAUCGUCACCACCCUCUACAUCACCCUGGGCACCAUUGGCUUCAUUGGCUUCGGAGAGCAUAUCCGGGGCAGCAUCACUUUAAACUUACCAUUGUGCUGGUUGUAUCAGGCCGUGAAGCUGCUUUACUCUUUUGGGAUCUACAUCACUUAUGCGCUGCAGUUCUACGUGUCAGCAGAGAUCCUGAUCCCACCGGCGGUGGCGUGCUGCGGUCCCAGAUGGGCAUUGAUGGUGGACCUCAGCAUCCGCGCAAAUUAG